AUGGAAGGAGAGGGCACUACGAACCACCACGCUUCAUCACUGGCCGAGAAGGUGGUGGUGGGCAAGUGCCGGAUGUAUGAGGCCGAGUUUCCAGAGCGAGACGAGCUGGUGCUGGUUCGGGUGAUCGACAGCCGGCCAGACGAACUCUUCUACACCGUCGCGCUGCUCGAGUACAACGACAAGGAAGGCAUCGUCCUGCGCGACCACUUCUCCGGGAGGCGCUGCUCCAAGAUAGCCAGCGCCCAGCGGGUGGGAAAGGAGGAGGUGGCGCGGGUGGUGCGAGUAGACAAGGAACGGGGCUACAUCGACCUCUCCAUGAGACUGCGCUCGCAAGACAGCGCCGUGGAGUGCUCCAAGCGGUACCGCAAGUCGAAGGCCGUGCACUGCAUCAUGACCCACGCCGCAGAGCUGCUGCAGAGGGAAAGCGAGAACGGCCUCACCCUGGAGCAACUGUACCGGCGCGUCGGCUGGCCGCUCUACGCCAAGUACGGCCACGCCUACGAUGCCUUCGAGAAGGCGGCCGCGGGCGAGGAGGACGUCUUCGAGGGCAUCGCCGACAUCCCGGCCGACAUCAAGCACACCCUCCUCCAAGCCAUCCAACGCCAUCCCCAGCCACGACCCUCUACUUCCUUGGCCGCUUUCACGUCGUGA